AUGAAUGCUGUCAUUAGUGGGACACGUUCCGACGACACAACUCGUUUGAAGGUCCAAAUCAGACACUAUGUGGCGCCCGAACCUUUGAAAGAGGGUCUGAAGCCUACCAUCUACAAUGGCGGCUCACUGUCCAGGGCACAUAUGGGCAUCAACCACCCUUACUCAAUUUGUGAUAUUUGCGAUCAUCUGAUGAGUUCUCUUAGGGCCCGAAAAUGGAUGGAGAUCGGGCAUAUUCGCAUGACCACAAUCAACUUUCCGGUGUUCCUGUGGGCCGGAAAUCCUCCUGGAAGUAGGUAUGAUGAGGACAUCAUGAAUGAGGGCCUAUUCCAGGGUUAUUUCCUUGAGUGUGUAAGUUUUUCAAUUCAUUAUAUGCGUCUAUCUUAUUAA